GUGAGUUUUUCUGGGCAGGUGGGGAAGGGAGUUAAAUCCGAGGCAAUCCGUAGCCGGGUUGGGUUUGGGGAGCACGGGUGCUGACGCCAGAGCCGAGCGCCCGUCGCCAUGCCUCGGAAAAUUGAGGAAAUCAAGGACUUUCUACUCACAGCCCGGCGGAAGGAUGCCAAAUCUGUCAAGAUCAAGAAAAACAAGGAUAAUGUAAAGUUCAAGGUCCGCUGUAGCAGGUACCUCUACACCCUGGUUAUCACAGACAAGGAGAAGGCGGAGAAGCUGAAGCAGUCCCUGCCCCCAGGUUUGGCAGUGAAGGAGCUGAAAUGAACAGGACCUCUGCAUGUGACUAUUAAAAACCCUGAAAAGUC